CGAAAGCUCGGGCGAGCUCGCAGAAAAGAGACCAGCGGUGACGUCCGGCUCCCCUCGGCGCUCGGCAGACGCAAGCACGCGAUACGCCACGCCACGGAGGAGGGAGACGGGGAGCUGGGCCUGAUCGAAUCCGGGGUCCUUUCGUGCCAGGCCGAACAAGCAACACACAGGAUUCACACGAAAGACCCUCUCCUGUCUCCUCCUUGGCGAGUCGGUUGCUCCGCGCCCACGGUUUCAGUUCCUUCCUCGAGGAAGCCUCCGUUCCGUGCGCCACGCUCGAAGCAACCGCUCUCCCCCGUCCCCCCUGAACCUCACCAAACACCCACCCCCAGACCUCCUCCAACCGAUGGAGGUGGACCCGGCGGCCGCGGCGGACGAGAGGGGGAAGAAGGGCGCGCCCGGCGGAGGCGGAGGCGGCGGGGGGCUGGAGUGGGAGCUGGAGAGGCAGUACGACUUCGAGCGGGAGAUGAUGCUGAUGGCCGCCGCGGCGCCGGGCGCGGGGCCGCAGCAGAAGCCGAAGCAGCAGCGGCACCGGCCGUUCACCGCUGAUCUGCUCCAGAACUGCGACCUGCCCCCUCCCGCCAAGCUCUUCGGCCCCGUCCCGACCCUGCAGAGGUUGGAGAGCGCGGCGGGGGCGGACCAGAAGGGCGACGCCAUCGGCGGCGGCGGUGGGGGGAACAACAACGACAGCCUGAUGCGGGCGCUGCGCCUGUCGCAGUCGCGCGCGCGGGAGGCGGAGGAGAAGCUGGCGGCCGCGGGGGCCAGCAACGGGGAGCUCGCGGCGCUGCUGGUGCGGGACUCGGUGGCGCUCUCCGCGCACCGCCGGUGGGUCAUGAUGCUGGAGGCCGAGAACUCCCUCCUCAGGGGAGGAGGAGGAGGCGCGGCACCCCGCGGCGCGGACCCGGACCGGGACGGCGACGGCGACGGCGACGGCGACGCGCGGUGCGGCGGCGGUAGCGGCGGGUUGGCCGCGUGGUGGGUCGCGGUCGCGGUCUGCGUCGGCAUCGCCGGCGUCGGGCUCGCGCUCGGCAGGUUCCUGUGCUGAACAUCUGCGAACAAUUAUUCUCCCGGAUUUUGUAAAGCGGAAACUGCGGAUCGGAAGAUCGAAUUCACCUUAUCCAGGUUAGAACAGUUCGUUGAUACGGAUGCACACGUUCUGUGGAAAAUGGAAAUAUUACAGCUCGGUUACAAAUUCUAGUCUGUGAUUAGCGUUCCCUUGCUGCUGUAAAUCGGGGAGUGUACAUAGGAUUGGACUAGAAGCUGCCGUAUCCAUCACUGCACGCUUUCAUGGAAAGGAAAAGGAGAACAAAUCUCAUGGUCGGAAUGGGGCAUCCUUUAGGUUGUCUACACUU